UGUUUUAGACAAGGACUUACAAAACAUGCCUUGCAGCAGCAUCCCCUGCCAGAACCACGAGCUGAGGUCCACCCAGCUGCACCCACUGUCAAAAGCUAUGGGGAGACCUCAAGUGAAUCUGAAAUUUCGAAGGAAACAGAUUACCCUUCUGUUACUCCAACCGAUCAUGGGAAUUCAUGGUCUGUUAGUCAGAGCUAUGCAGGAACCACCACUGAAGACAGCUCAGUCUUCUCUUGGGGCUGUGAUGAAUUUGAUAAAGCUGCCACACGACAGGUUCAGCAAAUGUUCAGACAAAUUGAUGAGCUUCUUUAUGAACAAAAAGAAAAUGUACAUGUUGAGGGACUGCAGGAAGAAUGUCAGCAGUGGACUUCCAGCUUUCCUCAUCUCAGGGUUGUGGGGAAGCAGAUAGUGAUCCCCACAGACGAAGGGUAUGGAUGGUAUUCAAGUUCACCUUCUGGCAGUUUAGGUUCAUCAGAUGUAAGUUCACCACAAGAAAAAGAUUCUAAUGAAUUUAGUGUUUUUGGCAAGAAGGUACCUCUUUCUGUUACUCCUGUUCACAAAAAGGCUGACCGUUCCAAGUCUCCCACCUUGCGUUCUCCGGAGAGUGAAGAAGGUGAAGAUGGAGUAAUCGUCUCCGAAGGUGUAAUGGAGGAAUAUUUAGCAUUCGACUGCAGAGAUGUGGAGGAGGAGCUGCACGAGAGGAAAAUGGGACUUUCCUCUAAUAGACGGAAAUUGGGGUUUCCUCCUAUCUCUCCGUAUUCCUGCAUGAAAGAUUCUGUGCUCACAUUUGUGUUUGAUGACGUAUGGAGUGAAGUCCUAGGCUGCAUGGAGGAAUUAAUCUGCAGACACUGGGAAGGAUCAGCCUCUGAUGAUGAGAAAAAUAUCAUAGCAGUAGAAACAACAACCACAGCAGAUUCCGGAAGCCCUUUGAUGCACUUUGAACCUCUGCCAGUGUUGUUACCUCGCGUGCCACAAACUAAAAUGCCCUCAGUGACAUCAAAUCUGUGCCCAAAAACCAGAUGUGGCCGCAAAACCAAAAAGAGGAGAAAACCACCUCAAAUAAAUCUGUCACAAGGGUCAAGUAAUGGCUCUCAGCGUAAUCUAAAUGGCUUGCUGGUGAUCCAUGGGAUCCAGUUACAGCAAAGGAAUCUGUCUGUAAUGGAGAAAACACUGGACCUGGAUGACAAACGGCCGGGCUCCAGUUCUGUCCUCUCAACCAGAACGUGGCCAAGUCGUCCUCUAGAGCUCAGUACGUCAUCUCUGCCACAUUCCGCAAGAAGGCGAAACCCACCACCACGUACCCUACAUCCCCUCAACACAAACCACUCUCGUACUGGGACACCAGGAUCCGUGGAUGAUGUCAUCAGGGGAACUCGACUUCCAACUGCAUAUGAUCAGCUGACCUCACCCUCCCCACUGCCGCUGAGUCGAAACAAUCUCCUACCACCUAUUAAUACCACUGAUGUGUCAGAGCACGUGAGCACUGCAGGAUCCCAGAGGCAAACGAAGUCUCAGGGAAACUCAAGUCGAGCUCACAGUGCAGCAACACAUGAAGAUAACCACCUGCAGCUACAGGAGAGGCUUUUCUUACCUGAUAAUUUCUCCAGGCCUAACACAACAAACACUUUCUUGCCAGAUGCACAGCAUCGCCGUUCUUGCACUGUUAUUGAUUAUAGUAAUCAACCUUGGACCAGCAGAGGAUCAACAGGUGCAGGUCUUCAGCUGCAUGGUUCUGUGAAAGCCCAAAGUCGAAGCGGAUCAGUCACAAAAAGCAAACAAGGGUUAUAACACGUCACAAAGAAGCAUCCAUCCAUCUCCAGAAAGUCUUGAAUCACCUCUUAUUCUCAACAGUGUCAGCAUUGUUUACAGAGUUUUCAAACACCCUUCCUUAUGAAGAGUCUUAUUUUUAUAUAGACCUAAGAAGCAGCUGCCAAAGAUUAGAAGGGGUAUAUUUACACAUUGCAUUUUCGACUCCUAGAAACAGCUAUACUCCAGUAGACAGUGAAGCCUAAUUGCUAGAAAACCUAGCAAAUACCCAUAAAUCACUGCUGUUUUCUCAUUAAUCCUUAUUGGCUUGUGACCCGUUCACGUUGUUACAGACAUGGACUGCAAGACGUGCUGAUUUCUCCAUUAGCUCUAGGAAAGGUAGCCAGGCCUUCCACAGCAGUAGUGAUUUAAAUUUUUAAAUUGCUAUAUUUAAAGCUAUGUUUAUAUAUUUAAAGCAGUAUUAUGCUAUAAGAAGCAAGAACUGCAUACGAUAUUGCUUGUACAACACAACUUGAACAAGCUGUGAAUCCUGUAGUAGGAGCACCAGAGACUAACGCAGUUGUGUAAAAUAAGGUAGCAAAACAAUUAAUAGAAUUGACAGCUUUUUAGGUAGCACACUAAUGAUCCUUCCUGUGUUAUAUACUACUACCUCUUCCUCAUUGACUCAAGGAGGAUUUUUAAGGGGGGCAAAAAGCGGUCUCUUACUGCAGGUAAUUCCAGGCAGUAUUCAAAAAAAAAAAAAGUACGUUUUCUUCCUGGUGAGCUAUUUUAUGGUGAUUUCCCUAGGUCAGUCAUUCACCCUUUAAAAAAAAGCCCACCCUGCAGUUACCUAAGUACUUCUGUACUUGUCCGUCACUGUCCAAACUCCGCUGAUGAAACGUAGCUUUUUAGUAGUAGGGUGUUUUUUCUGCACCACACGACAGACCUCCUGGAGAGUAUUAGCUUUAGCUGUAGUUGCUCUUGUGGCUCCAGAUAAAA